UCCUAUCCACCGCCAUUCCCAUUUCUGCGACACUGAGCUAUCAUCCUUCUGCCUUCCAAGUGUUUUGCAGCCAUGAAAACCAUUCCUCCCAAAAACCCUCACUUCUUCAAGCCAAUUCAUGAAGGUUUCAAGAAUGGCGUGAACAUACCCACAGCUUUCUUGGCCAAGUACUUGAAAGGGCAGGGCCCAAAGUUUGCGAUACUGAGAAGGGGUGAUCGGAGUUGGCGGGUGAAGAUCAGCGGCGGCCGGAUCAUCGCCGACGGCUGGGAAAAGUUUGGGGCGGAGAAUGGUUUGAAUGUAGGUGACUUUGUGGUGUUUAGAAAGGAAGGAGAUAGGGUGUUUGAUGUAUCGGUUUUCGAGCCAAGUCUAUGUGAAAGAGAUUGGCCACUUCCCCAUGGUGGCUGCCCUGUCACUCAGCCUUCCAAUAACUUUUGCUCUGCUGCACGAGAUACUACUUCAACCUCGCCUGCUGAUCAUCCUUACUUUGUUUCCACUAUAAAAUCAUACUGCCUCAAAAGGCAAGAACUGUAUCUUCCCAUGGAGUUUGCAAUGUCCAAUGGCCUAGUGGCAGAAGAAAAGCGCGAGAUGAUUUUAAGAGACGAUAAAGAAAGAUCGUGGUCAGUAGUUAUGGGGAGAGUAGGCAAUAAUUUUAGUCUUCGACAAGGUUGGCAAUCAUUUCAAAUGGCUAAUGACUUGAAAGAAGGAGAUGCAUACAAGUUUGAGCUGAUUAAGAGUGGGAAAACGCCUAUUGCCAAAUUCCAUUCACUGGGCACUACUUCAUCUUCGUCUGCUGAGAAUCCUCAUUUCGUUGCCACUAUAAAACCGUACUGCCUCAGAAAGUCCCAUCUGAACCUUCCGCUGGAGUUUGCAAGGUCGAAUGGCCUAAUGGCAGAAGGAAAACGCGAGAUGAUUUUAAGAGACGAUAAGGAGAGAUCGUGGCCAGUAGUUCUGGGGACAAUGGGGAAACACGUUUCUCUUCUGCGAGGUUGGCAAGCAUUUCGGAUGGCUAAAGGUCUGAAAGAAGGAGAUGCAUACAAGUUUGAGCUGAUUAAGAGUGGGAAAAAACCCAUCGCCAAAUUCCAUUCAGGUCACUUUUCUGGAGAAGAAGAUUCCAUGAAAACCAUUCCUCCCAAAAACCCUCACUUCAUCAAGCCCAUUCAUCAAGCUUUCAAGAAUGGCGUGGACAUACCCACAGCUUUCUUGGCCAAGUACUUGAAAGGGCAGGGCCCAAAGUUUGCGAUACUGAGAAGGGGUGAUCGGAGUUGGCGGGUGAAGAUCGGCGGUGCCCGGAUCCUCGCCGACGGCUGGGAAAAGUUUGCGGCGGAGAAUGGUUUGAAUGUAGGUGACGUUGUGGUGUUCAGACAGGAAAGAGAUACGGUGUUUGAUGUAUCGGUUUUCGAGCCCAGUUUAUGUGAAAGAGAUUGCCCUGUCCCUCAGCCUUCCAAGAAGUUUCGCUCUGCUGGAAUGGUUGAGCCAAUAGCACGAGAUACUACUUCAACACCGCCUGCUGAUCAUCCUUACUUUGUUUCCACUAUAAAAUCGUAUUGCCUCAGAAAGUCCCAUCUGUAUCUUCCGUUGGUGUUUGCAAGGUCGAAUGGCCUAGUGGCAAAAGGAAAACGUGAGAUGAUUUUAAUAGACGAUAAAGAAAGAUCGUGGUCAGUAGUUCUGGGGAGAGAAGCUAAUCAUUUCAGUCUUCAACAUGGUUGGGAAUCAUUUCAAAUGGCUAAUGGUUUGAAAGAAGGAGAUGUAUACAAGUUUGAGCUGAUUAAGAGUGGGGAAAAGCCUAUUGCCAAAUUCCAUUCACUGGGCACUACUUCAUCUUCGUCUGCUGAGAAUCCUCAUUUCGUUGCCACUAUAAAACCGUACUGCCUCAGAAAGUCCCAACUGUAUCUUCCACUGGAGUUUGCAAGGUCGAAUGGCCUAAUGGCAGAAGAAAAACGUGAGAUGAUUUUAAGAGACGAUAAGGAGAGAUCGUGGCCAGUAGUUCUGGGGACAAUGGGGAGACAUGUUUCUCUUCUGCGAGGUUGGCAAGCAUUUCGGAUGGCUAAAGGUCUGAAAGAAGGAGAUGCAUACAAGUUUGAGCUGAUUAAGAGUGGGAAAAAACCCAUCGCUAAAUUCCAUUGUCACUCUUCUGGAGAAGAAGAUUGAAGGAAGCUGCUGCAGGCUUGUUCUGACUGAAACUUAAAGGGCUGUGCUUUUUGUGAAUCCAUUCUACUAAAAGAUGUUUUCCUUGUGUUUUUUGCUAUGU